AUGGAAUACACUGCUCAGUUGAUAAAGCUAUAUGAACCUGUGACAAGUGCAAUGAGUGUGUGGGUUCAGACCAUGCAAUGCCCCACCCAGCUUCCUUCCCUGGGGGGCCACUUGCGGGCUUCCCCAAGUUCCACAUCAGUGAACAGAAGAAAGAGAACUUACAGAUAUUACGGAGCAAUUGCUUCACGUAUUGCAUAUUCAUUUGGAAGAGGAAGCACGACCAAAGAGAAAAACGAAGAGAAUAAGCUCUCAGACGCAAAACAAAGAACCACAAAUGCUCGGUGUCAGCGUUGUAGAAGCAAGGCACCGCUUCAGGAAGACUCUACAAAUCUCACACCCGGUUCUGCAACGAAGCAAUAA